CUCUCUUAGCACCGCGCUGGCCUCGUGUCGCUCCCCUCCCCCUCCGUAGGAUGCUCUGAAUCAAUCGCCCUUUUCCAGACUCUGACGCCCACGCACCCAGAUCUGUAAUUCCCUCCUCGCCUCUAACAACUACCCAGGUCCUCCUAGCUCUCUACUUGCCCACAUGGCCUCUCGCCCCACCUCGUCUGCCGUCUUUACGCGGCCGCUCUUUUUCUCGUCCCUCGAUGAUGCAGGCCCCUCACGCAGGGCCAGCAAACAGCCAGACCGCGACGACCGCCCAUUCUCCCGUUCCUCCCGCCGCUCCUCUCUUCAACCUUCCCGCACCACCGACCCCUUCACCGCACACCCCACCGGCUCUGGCUCCUUUCUCACUUACGACGGCGACUCUUCUCCCAUGGUGGUCGGCACGAGCUCUUCGUCGCAACCCCUCUCCUCCUUCCCCAAGCGAGCCCGCAAUAGCCUCCUACUCUCCUUUGCGCGGCCAAAAAGCAGCAGAGGUGCAAAGAAAAAGGCAGCGGCGCAGCCGGAACCUAAUCCCUUCAUGUUCGGCGAGGUCAUCGAAAUCAGUGCCGAGGCGGAGGCAAGAAAACUCGACGAGGAUGCCGAGCGCGAGCGCCUCCGUGAUGCCGCCGCGCAGUCCAUCGGACUCGACCCCAUCCUGCUCGAGUCACACAGUAUUAGCGAAGACGAUGACGACAACUUCUUCGACGAACAACAUGGCCAGGGCUCGUCUGGAGAGCCCCGCACCGCGAAUACAACACCCACCCCUCCAUUCGCACUUCCGCCUCCGAGGUGUACCCUUGCAUCUUUAGAACCAUUCAUCCAGCUGCGUGCGGACCUUCACAGGCACUACGCUCCACUUUCGCUUCUUAAGCUUACUCUUGCUCGCCAAUGGAAGCCGCGCUUUCUCGUGCUUUCCUCAUCUACAUCCGCUGCUACGCCAUCUUCCCCGACGACAUCUCUGGCAUGCCUGCAUUUGUUCAAGAACAAUUCACCAGACGAGGGCGAGCUGGAGCGCCUUGAGGUCGGCGCGGACAGCGUCGUCUUCGUGGCCGAGGAAGAAGUCGGUGGGCGCCGCGGCAUCGUGCGGAUCAAAGGUGCAGGACUGGGAAGCAGGGUUACGGGAACAAGGAAGGAUAGCGAAGGAAGAGAGAUGGCGCUCCAUUUUGCAGACCCGACGAAGGCGCAGGAGCUGAUUGCGGUGAUUAAGCAGGCCGUAUUGAGCCAAAGGUCGCUUCGUGCUGGGCUCGGUGUGAUGCCACAUUCACCGUCGGGCGGCUCAGAGCCCCGAGGAGAUUUGGACGUGAUGCUCUCGAUGCGAGCACAGGGCAUGCUCGUGCCCGGCUCGCCGGCCUCCAGCUCAUUUCCCCCUAGUGCGUUUUCGCCCACGUCCAAUGGACUGACCUUGGAAACAUCGACGUCGUUAGCGAGUUCCACCGGGUCGCAGCGCUCUGCGUCGGGUACGCGCAGCCCUGCGAGCACGGGAGGGGUCGCUGCGCUACGUGGCCUCUUCUCUGGAUCGGGCGCGAGUGCACGGCCGCGCUCCCCCUCGUCUGUGUCCACGACAACGGCGGAGUGGGACGUGGACUCGGACAACAUGAGCCAUUACCAGCAUUCCCACUCGCACUCGCUUUCGACGCAUUUGGGAGGGCACGGCCACCAGCACGAAGACUCGUUUGGGCGUGUCGGCUCGAGCCUGUUGAGCAUGUUUCGCGUGGGUGGCGAACGGCCAAUGUCGCCUGCGACGCGUCCACGCACGCCUGCGUCGAUCGCCUCCGCCUGUGCCUGUGCCUCUGCAUCGGCAUCUGUCCCAUCUACACCUCGAAUUGUGGAGCCGCCUGCACCACCUGCGAUCGUGCUUGACCGGAAGAUCAAGAUUUUGCAAGAGAAAGACCUGGAGAUGAUUGAGGGGCUGCCGUUCGGCAGCAGUUACGAUGCGGGACUGCUGAGGGGACGGAACCAUCUGUCGAUGCAGGCGAUGCGUGGAGCGGGAGCUGAGCCAGCGCUGCAACCUGCGCCGAGAAGACCGAGGGCAAAUACCGCAAGCGGGGUGGAUGGGCGGGGGAAGUCUGAGAGUGGAUUCGGGGCUAAUGGGAACAUGAUGAACGGGAGCAGGUCGACGUACACGCACGCAAACGAGAGCACGGCGGAGAGCUUUGGGCUUGGGGUGAGCAAUGGGAAUGGACCCGGGACGGGCCUCGGGCUGCGGCAGCCGAACGGGAGCUGGAUCUUCGCGGCAAACCCGCCGGCGUCACCGCGCACGGGCAGCUCGUUCGGACAGGCUCAGGACGGAGGGGGCCGGCCGCGCACGAGCUUGUCAAGCAUGUCGAGUUAUGGGUCGGAGGAGAUGGUUGGGAGUGCGAAUCCGAAGCGGUGGUCGCGCCAGGGCUCGCAGACCGCGCGGCUGACGCCGCCGCCCGAGGACGCGUCGAGCUCCGCGGUGAGUUUUCGCGCGCAGAGACACCCGUACGCGGCGGAGACGGGCGGUGCGAACUUGAAGGAGGGUCUGAGCCGUUCGCCGUCGAGUCCAUAUAGCUUCGUGAGUGGCUUGCGUGACUUUUCGAAGCGCGCGUCGGGAUCGAGCGCGCGGAGUGUGAGUAGUUGUGGAGGGAGCUUGGGCGGGAGUGGGAGUGCAAGUGGUGGGGGGAGUUUGUUGGUUCAUCAGAACACGCAUCAGCACCAGCAUCGGCCGCGCUCGGCACAUCGCGCGUCGAUGCCCCCGCCUCAGAGGCCUGCGCCGCUGAUUGCGCUGCCGCCUACGCCGGCGGACGAGUCGCCUUCACCAAGUCUGAACUCGAUGCUUCCUGAUGGUAACAAGACAUCGCUGUCGCCUUCCUUGCGCGCGUCGCUGUCGCUUCGAUCGCGCAACCAUCGACUUUCGCUAUCACCGCCGAAGCUGCCGCCGUCCUCGGAGCUUCCACCGCGUCCUGACGAGCCUGCUGCCGGAAAUGGCAUGAGCGUUGGGACGGUGAUGAAUCGGAGUAGGCGGAGCGGGAGUAUUGGGAGCAGUGGACUCGAGACUAUCCCUGCGUCGCCGUCGUCGCCCGCGUCGUCACAGCUCACUCCGCCGUAUCCUCCACCGAGCGGGCCUCUCCCGCCCACGCCCGAGACACAGGCGACACAGACGACACAGGCACCUUCGCGGUCCUCGAUCAAAAAACGCCUGCGCAUGCUCAGCUCGCCAGGGCCGUCUGCUUCGCCGCAGCCGUCGGUCUCCCCGCAAUCGCCGCCAUCGCCUGCGCCAUCCACGAUCAACCCGUACGUCGUCUCCAUACCUAUACCCUCGACGCCCAUCGGGGAGCCGAUCGUCACGCUCACGAAGGACGCUACGAACCUUCUCUUGAGCUCCGCGCCGACGCCCCCGCUCCCGCUUGCUAUUCCUAUCCCUCCGGUGCGCAGUAGUGUGAUGGCGCCUGAGCUGGAGUCGUGUCCUGACCUUGAAGGCGUGACGUCGCUGUCGCCGCCACCGCGUCGGAGCUCGCGGCGCGUGUCGAAGCAGGAGCAGGAGACUAUGGAGAUGCCUGAGAUGCAGGUGGAGCCGCAGUUGCCGAUGUCGUUGUCGUCGCCGACGCUGCGUCCUGCUGGACCGGAAGCGUGUCCGCCGACGCCGCCGUUGUCGACGUCGCUCUCUGCGCAGACGUCUGCUGUGUCUUUGGUAGAGGCGGACCUGCAUGUGGAUGACAGGUCGGUUUCUGUUUCUUGUUGAGAUUUUGGUUCUUGUAUCGCGUGCGUGUGUGCAUUUAUGUUUUUGUCUCUACGUGUGGAUCGGGAUCUGCUU